CAAUCGGGGUUAGGGUGGCCCUCGAAAAUGAACUUUGGGCAACUCCGCUGAACCAAUAAGGUCAAUCGGGAGGCAGGGCCGCUUUGUCCCCCACCCCCCACCCCUUUCGGUGUGUGCGAAGAUUAGGUUGCGAUCUGGCAGGGGGAGCUGCCUUAUUCUCUUGGCUCUUGCUGCAAGUGGAGCUGCGCCUUCAGCAGCAGCAGCAGGGAGCUGUCGAGCCCAGCAGCCCCGACGAGGCGAAGCAGCACCGAAGGACCCCCGGCAGCCUCUCGCAGGAAUGGAUCAUUAUGACUCUCAGCAAACCAACGACUACAUGCAGCCCGAGGACGACUGGGACAGGGAUCUACUUUUGGAUCCGGCUUGGGAAAAGCAACAGAGGAAGACAUUUACAGCCUGGUGUAACUCUCACCUCCGCAAGGCUGGCACGCAGAUUGAGAACAUAGAAGAAGAUUUCAGGGAUGGCCUUAAACUUAUGUUACUCCUGGAAGUCAUAUCAGGUGAACGUUUGGCUAAGCCAGAAAGAGGCAAAAUGCGAGUGCACAAAAUCUCGAAUGUCAACAAAGCCCUGGAUUUCAUUGCUAGCAAAGGAGUCAAGUUGGUAUCCAUUGGAGCAGAAGAAAUUGUUGAUGGGAAUGCGAAAAUGACCCUUGGAAUGAUCUGGACCAUCAUCCUCCGCUUCGCUAUUCAGGAUAUCUCAGUGGAAGAGACAUCUGCUAAAGAAGGGCUUUUGUUGUGGUGUCAGAGAAAGACAGCCCCAUACAAAAAUGUGAACAUCCAAAACUUCCAUAUUAGCUGGAAGGAUGGCCUUGGUUUCUGUGCCUUGAUUCACAGACAUCGUCCAGAACUCAUUGACUAUGGAAAACUAAGAAAGGAUGAUCCUCUCACUAACCUGAACACAGCUUUUGAUGUGGCUGAAAGGUACCUAGAUAUCCCCAAGAUGUUGGAUGCAGAAGACAUUGUUGGAACAGCCCGUCCUGACGAGAAGGCCAUCAUGACCUAUGUUUCUAGCUUCUACCACGCCUUCUCAGGAGCCCAGAAGGCGGAAACAGCAGCCAAUCGUAUCUGCAAGGUGCUGGCAGUUAAUCAAGAGAAUGAACAGUUAAUGGAAGACUAUGAGAAGUUGGCCAGUGAUUUGCUGGAGUGGAUCCGCCGCACCAUACCUUGGUUGGAGAAUCGGGCUCCAGAGAACACCAUGCAGGCCAUGCAGCAGAAACUGGAGGAUUUCCGAGAUUACCGCCGCCUUCACAAGCCUCCCAAAGUCCAAGAGAAGUGCCAACUGGAAAUCAACUUCAAUACGUUGCAGACUAAGCUGCGACUUAGCAACAGGCCAGCCUUCAUGCCUUCUGAAGGGAAAAUGGUAUCGGAUAUAAAUAAUGCAUGGGGGUGCCUAGAACAGGCCGAGAAGGGCUACGAGGAGUGGCUUUUGAAUGAAAUCCGAAGAUUGGAACGGCUGGAUCACCUGGCUGAGAAGUUCCGGCAAAAAGCUUGCAUUCAUGAAUCCUGGACAGACGGUAAAGAGGCAAUGUUGCAGCAGAAGGAUUAUGAAACUGCCACCCUCUCAGAGAUCAAGGCCCUGUUAAAGAAGCACGAGGCAUUUGAAAGUGAUCUUGCUGCUCAUCAGGACCGUGUGGAACAGAUUGCUGCUAUUGCACAAGAACUCAAUGAGCUGGAUUAUUACGAUUCCCCAAGUGUCAAUGCCAGGUGCCAGAAAAUAUGUGACCAGUGGGAUAACCUUGGGGCCCUGACCCAGAAACGACGAGAAGCCCUGGAGAGAACAGAAAAAUUGCUGGAGACAAUUGACCAGCUGUAUCUAGAAUAUGCCAAACGAGCUGCCCCUUUCAAUAACUGGAUGGAGGGGGCCAUGGAAGAUCUUCAGGACACCUUCAUAGUCCAUACCAUUGAGGAGAUCCAGGGAUUGACCACAGCCCAUGAACAGUUCAAAGCUACCUUGCCAGAUGCAGACAAGGAGCGACAGGCCAUUCUAGGAAUCCACAACGAAGUGUCAAAAAUCGUUCAGACCUACCAUGUCAACAUGGCAGGAACCAACCCCUACACCACCAUCACCCCACAGGAAAUCAAUGGCAAAUGGGACCACGUGAGACAACUAGUUCCCAGGCGAGACCAGGCUUUGAUGGAAGAACAUGCACGCCAGCAGCAUAAUGAGAGACUUCGCAAGCAGUUUGGGGCUCAGGCCAAUGUCAUUGGGCCCUGGAUCCAAACCAAGAUGGAGGAGAUUGGCCGCAUCUCCAUCGAGAUGCAUGGGACUCUGGAGGACCAACUCAAUCACCUGCGGCAAUACGAGAAGAGCAUUGUGAAUUACAAACCAAAGAUUGAUCAGCUGGAGGGAGAUCACCAACAGAUUCAAGAGGCGCUGAUCUUUGACAACAAGCACACCAACUACACUAUGGAGCACAUCAGAGUGGGCUGGGAGCAGCUCCUCACAACCAUUGCUAGGACUACCAAUGAAGUGGAAAACCAGAUUCUGACUCGGGAUGCCAAAGGAAUCAGCCAGGAGCAGAUGAAUGAAUUCCGCGCCUCCUUCAACCACUUUGACAGGGACCACUCCGGCACACUUGGCCCCGAGGAAUUCAAAGCCUGCCUCAUCAGCUUGGGUUACGAUAUUGGAAACGAUGCACAGAAGAAGACUGGCAUGAUGGAUGCUGAAGAUUUCCGCACCUGCCUUAUCUCCAUUGGUUACAAUAUGGGUGAAGCAGAGUUUGCUCGAAUUAUGAGCAUUGUAGAUCCCAACCGCAUCGGAGUAGUGACGUUCCAAGCCUUCAUUGAUUUCAUGUCCCGGGAAACUGCAGAUACCGACACAGCUGACCAAGUCAUGGCUUCUUUCAAGAUCCUGGCUGGAGAUAAAAAUUAUAUCACUGUGGAUGAAUUGCGACGGGAACUGCCUCCUGAUCAAGCUGAAUAUUGCAUUGCUAGAAUGGCACCUUAUACCGGGCUGGAUUCUGUACCUGGUGCCCUGGACUACAUGUCUUUCUCUACAGCUCUCUAUGGCGAAAGUGACCUUUAACUAUUACCUAUCUAUUCACCACACAUCCUUACCCUCUCCCAUCCAGGAGCACUUUUCUUUCUGUUUGCAAAGCGGGCUCUGCUCUGCCUUUUCUCUCCCCUCCCCUCCCCUCCCCUCCGCCCUUCCUGUUUCCACUUCAGAUCCCAGAUCCCAUUUGGGGUGGGGGCAGCAGAGGGGGAAAUGUUGAAAUGAAACAGUUUAUCAUGCCCCUAAAAGAUGACGGUUUACAAAAUUAUUUUCUGCAGAAAAAGAAGUUACAUAUCAGCAAACGUAUUUUAUUACAGAAAAAAAGUAUUUUUCUCCAAGAUUGAAGCAUAAAUAGAAAAUGUUAAAAGUAUUACACAAAAUGUAUACGGUUUGUUUUUCUUCUUCUUGCCAUUCAGACAUAGGAAAUGGAGUUCCGUGUUGCGUUCCAUCCUAAGAUUCCCAAGCCCAGCGCCACUUCCCCCCCACCUGUCUCUAUUUCCUUAUCACAUUUAUUUUAAGAGGCGGAGGCACACAAGUGCAUGUAUUGCUGGUUCACUUGUUUCAUGAAAAUAUUUUACAAUAAAACUUUUUGAAAUUGCUGUGUUUUUUAGGGAAAAAUAAUGUACACAGCUCAUGUUUUCAUAUUUAAUUAAAAUUGCAAUAUGCCUACUUUGUGUUGUUGCUGAAAGUUGUCUGGUUUCCAAACAUGGCGCUUGAGAGUUGGCAUCUUUGAUAUUGCUUGUCACAGACCAUAUUAAAAAGAAAACUUAUUGUGAUAACAAA